AUGGCCAACUUAGAUAACAACUUGCUAACCCUGAAUCUAAAAUUAGCAAAUUCCAUGCAUAACGAGGACUGGGACAAAAUAGAUAGACUUACUUAUGGAACAAUGGAAGCGACAAGGGAUUCUGCAACCAGGAGACAAAUUAAGAAAUUCAAUGACCUUCAAACUAAGUCAAGUGAAUCUCCCAGCACUGAUUUGUCAAGGACUGUGGUAAACCUGUCUCAGCGGAAAUUAUCAGCAGAAGAAACGAGCAUCCUCUCGAAAGGCGGGAACUUCGCAAUCACACCGGACUCUGUACCAUUUGAAGACAUCAUUGCAAACAUUGAAUCAGGAAUUCGUAACCUGCAAGCAGAUAUCGCAAAGGAAAUUCGCACAGAAAGUGCCAGAAUUUUACGCCGGGCGAAGCCACCGAAGAGUAAUGUCUCAUCGAAGGAAAAGAGAGCAAUUAGAGACCUCAAUAAAGACAUAAGCGUUAUAGUCCUUCCAGCUGACAAGGGGAACGCGACUGUAGUACUAAAUACCGUAGACUACGAAAAGAAAAUUGGUGAUCUGCUAGACCCCAAAACAUACAAAAAGUUGCAACAGGACCCAACCAACCGCAUCCUAAAGAAAACAAAUACGUUAAUCAAGAAGUCAUCUAUCGAACCAGAAAUCCAGCGAAAACUAAGCAAUUCGGAGGCAGUACCCUUGAGACCCAUAGUUAGCGCUAUAGGUUCCCCGACUUACAAUCUCGCCAAGCAUCUAACCAAACUCCUUGAACCACUCAUAGGGAGGACAGCAUCACACAUCAAGGACUCGACUCAGUUUAUACAGAAGAUCAAAAACAUCACAUUGUCACCCAAAGACAUAUUAGUGAGCUUCGAUGUUGUUUCUUUGUUCACUAUGGUGCCAGUCAAAGAGACUUUGGAUUUAAUAUCUGCACGUUUUCGGAACGAUGUCACAGAACUUUUCCGACACUGCUUAACCACCACUUAUUUCCAAUGGAACAAGGAGUUUUAUGAACAAGUGGACGGUGUAGCCAUGGGAAGCCCAUUAAGCCCGGUCAUAGCAAAUUUUUUCAUGGAAAAGUUUGAACAGCAGGCAUUAAAUACUGCCCAAAAGAAGCCCAAGUGUUGGUUCCGCUACGUGGACGACACAUUUGUAAUAUGGAGCCACGGCGAAAAGGAGCUUCAAAUCUUCUUGGCGCAUCUCAAAUCCAUUAACAAUAAAAUAAAAUUUACCAUGGAGACAGAAAAGGACGGCAGGUUGGCAUUCUUAGAUGUGCAGGUAGAAAGGCGACCAAAUGGAAAAUUGGGUCAUAAAGUUUAUCGAAAACCCACUCACACGGAACGACCUGAACAAAUUAUCUAA